AUGUCCGACUCGCGCCAGCAGCCGCUACUAGCGGACGACGGGCCGAGCGGCGGAGGAGCUGGCGGAGUGAACAGUAACUCAAUCAGCGGAAUGUACGGUGGGCUCAACGGGAGUUUCAAGAUGGGCGGGGGCAGGUGGCGGUACCUGGCGGGCGCGGGGCUUCUGGUGGCGCUGGCGCUCUUUGCCCCGCUCGCCUACCAGAUGUGGCAACCCAGCAGCGACGUCGCCUUGAUUCCCUCGCAGUGGCAAGGCGUCAUGCGCCUGUCCACCGCGCCAACCGGCACCGACGCCUGGAGCACGCUCAUAUUCUCAGCCGCUAAUCCCGCCGGCCGUGCCUCCGCUCUUGGCGGGGAGGCGCGCAGCGGAGAGCCGUGGGAUGCGAUGGAGAUGGAAGCCUCUGAAGGGCUGUUUCUCGCCGGCGCCGCUAACGUCAUGCCGUCACCUGAUGACGAGUUUUUGGCAUCCGAUGAUGUCAGCCCGCUAGCUGACAGAGAGGGCUCCAAUAACGAAAUCCAGAAUGAUCCGUCGAACGAUAAAAACGAUAACGAGAGACCUACUAACGAGACGUCUAAUACUGGAGACAUGAAUAGUGUCGUUGCGCUUGAGGCCACUGCUGUUACCAACGAAACUUCUGACGGCCGGGAUGGGUUGCGCGGGGAAGAGGGGGAGGCGGAAAACCAGCGAAACCAAACCGGCGCAUCAACCGCGGACAUGCUGCGGGGAUCUCCCCGCGCGGAUGCGCCACCCGCGGGAACAGCGGACGGGAAAGAGCUGAGGGGGGACAGUGGCGGGGGAAGGGAGACGGGGAAGCCGUGGGAGAAGCAGAAGGGGUUUGACGCGGCGCUUCCGCGCGCGACGGUGAAGCUGCUGCGGAGAGUGGCGAAGGCGGGCCUUCCGCUCCCUUGUAUCAACCAGCUGAGUGCGGGAACUGCAUGGUGCUCCCUUGAAGGCACCAUCCGCGUGGACGACCGCGCCAGCUCUGACGACUUUCUCACCAGCUCCUUGCCUGCUCUCGGAGGUGCGCGCGCAGUACGUGUUCCGCGGCAGCACGGUGGACCUGGCGGACUGCUUUUAAGGGAGGUGCGCGGGCAGUACGUGUUCCGCGGCAGCACGGUGGACCUGGCAGACUGCCGCCUCUUCCACGCCGCGCUCACCACGCCCUCGCCCUUCAACGCCACCUUCUCCACCCUCUCCCGCUCCGACCCGCUGCCCCUUCCCCUCUCCGAACCCUCUUCCUCCUCCACCUCCUCUCCCUCCUCCGCCUCCUCCUCUUCAUCCACCUCUCCCUCCGCCCCCUCCUCCCCCUCCGCCGCGGCUCCCCCGAUCCCCAAGAUUGCCUUUCUCUUCCUCACGCGCGGGCCGCUCCCCUUAGCGCCGCUGUGGGAGCGCUUCUUGCGCAACCACUCGGCGUACUUCAGCGCGUACAUGCACGCCGCCACGCCCGGCUUCCGCGUGGAGCCCCGCGUGCGGAAGAGCCUCAACCUGCGCGCCGUGCCCAGCAAGCCCGUGUUCUGGGGCACGCUCAGCAUCGUGGAGGCCAUCAAGCGGCUCCUCGCCACAGCUCUCCUGGAUCCGCACAACAUGCGCUUUGUGGUGGUGAGCGAGAGGGACGUGCCGCUGCAUGCCUUCCCCACGGUGUACCGCUACCUGCUGGCGUCCAACCAGUCGUACGUGGGCGGUUACCGCAAGUUCUUCCGCGACAACAAGGCCGCCAUCAAGGUCUUCCCGCGCUCGCUUGUGGUCGACGGCUGGAUGCACGGCGAGUGCUGGGUCGAGAUGGCCAGACCGCAUGCGAUGGAGGUGGUGCGGGACUGGGAGUGGCACGAGAAGGGGCGGGACUACUGCCAGGUGAUGCAGCGGCCCACAUGCUGUGUGGACGAGAAUCUCAUCCACAACAUCAUCACCUCCAAGCACCCGCAUCAAGUGGCCAACCGCAGCAUUAUGAGCGUUGAUUGGCAGCGAAAAACAGGCCACCCACACACAUACCUCCCUCGGGACAUAUCCCCUGAGUCGAUGCGGAGCAUUCAGGAGGAGUGGCAUGAGAACCAGAAGCGGCCCUACUCGCAGCCAAUGUUUCUGCUGCCCAAGGAGUCGCAGCAGUUUGUCAUGUCCAACCGGCGCUGUACAGUGAGUGGGGAGAAUUCCACGUGCUGGCUCUUUGCACGCAAGUUCAUCGGGCUGUCGCUGCGAGCUCUCAUGGACCUUCCAAGAGACGUGCUUGGAUACUAG